CGCCGAGCUCAGCUGAUUGGUGCUGUUGCUUUUGUUUUUAUAGCAAAACCAUUUUUAAUUUUGUGUUAUUUAAAUCGAAAAAUGUUAAAUACUUAAAUAAAAAAAAUCAUAAUGUCCACGCCACUAGAACAACAAACAGAUGAACGCGAGGCACUGCAGUCGAUUUACGAAGGCGAUACAAACUUUAAGGAAAUAGACAGCGUCACAUUUCAAUACAAAUAUGGCGAAGAAGACAACUAUAAAUCGUUUCUGGUGGAGCUGAAGUGGGGGGAAAACUAUCCGGAUGAAGCGCCAACGAUCAACAUGAAUACAUUUUACAAUAGAAACCUGCUGCCCGCUGUCAAGGAAGAGAUCCAAAACGCCUUGAGUACGGAAGCCACUCAAUGGCUGGGCUGUGGAAUGACCUACACCCUGUUUGAAUGCCUUAAGGAUAAUUUGGAGCAACUAACCGCCGCCCAGCCCGAAUCCGCACCCACCGUAGCAGCCGUGGACGAUGGUGUGAGUGCUCUGAAAAUCUCCGAUACCAGUGCCGAUGCGGAUACUAAGAAAAAGGAGCCCAAAAAAGAGCACCUGAACAAGGCGCAAAAGCGACGGCAGUGGGAGCGAACCGAUCACAAAGGAGAUCGGGAACGUGGCUGGAAUUGGGUAGAUCUCGUCAAGCAUUUAUCGCAGACGGGGGGGAAGAAUUCUGAUGCUGCUGACACUGCGGCGUCUAACGCUCCAGCUCUGCAUCCCCUGAACCACUAAACCUAGCUACUUAAGAGGAGAAAAAACAACGAGUACGUCGGAAUCAGAAGCCAAUACUAUUAUAAUUGUGAUCAGAUAAUGAAGAGUUAGAUUGUCUAUCCAGAAAUUCUUUAUUAUGUUGAAUGACUAUUAAAAAGCAAAAACUUUUGAUUGGAAAA